AUGGAAGAGUCAUUCUUGUUUGACGACAAUAACCAAACAGAACCAGCGCGACAACAACAAGAUAAUCCAGAUCAAAUAAGUAAUGAAGGUUCACUACAAAUGCAAAUCACUACAGACAGAAAUAUAGCAUGGCAACAACAACAACAGUCUGGAGCACAUGAUACUAUGGGAUUGUUUGUUGCGGAUGGAGGCCAAGAAGAUUUAUCGCAAGGUGGAGCAUUGACACCGCGGGCCAUAUUGGCGCGAACCUCUUUGUCUAGCUUAAACUCUCCUAUGUUUGGAAAUAGUAAUGAUGGUAAUGAUGCGGUAAUUGGGAAGGACGGGACGCCCGACAAUAUGCCUGUCGUUAAUACUGCGCAAUUGGAGGGCACCGAAGGAGAUUUAGUCAAUUAUGAUAACGUUCUACUUCCGAAAUCUUUGUCUCCGACCGCUCUUGCUACUGCUGGACAUGCUAAUGUGGCUUCACAACAACUGCCGAUUGCGACCCCAACAGUCGCGCCUUCUCCGCAGCAGAUUCUGUCUCAGAAAACCACACCACUCGGUCCUGUACGGGAGCCUUCGGAAGACCCUAAACCCAUCAUUACCCAAACUCCGAAUAGUGGAAAAGUAAAUCGUGCAUUUGUUGAUCGCGCAUCAAUGUUUGCAGCCUUACAGCAGCGUCAGCAGCAGCAGCAACAACAGCAGAAACAACAACAGCAGCAGCAGAAGCAGCAGCAACAACAACAACAGCAACAACAACAGCAACAACAACAGCAACAACAACAACAACAACAACAACAGCAGCAGCAACAGCAGCAACAACAGCAGCAGCGGCAACAGCAUAUGCAACAUCGCGUGCCUCAAAACAUGCAGCCGCCCCAACAAGGCGUAAAAAGUGUUCCAGACUACGCAGACAUGCAAUCGCCGGUUAUGACUCCGGUACAGAUACAGCAGCAGAGACAGGGUGUACCAAAGCCUAAUGAUAUGCAAAACAGUAUUCCCAUCGGACAGAUGUCAAGUGCAUCACAGCCGACAAAUCAGAGGCAAUUAUUGCAAAGCCUAGAUCCUCAAGAGCAGAAACGUGUAUCCCAGGAACUCAAUGGCAAGCAGUAUGAACUUUUUGUCAAAUCUUACAUGGAACAUUGUAAACGUAAUAACAGUCUUUUUAAUCCGAAUCCCGAGGUUUGCGGCAUAAGGGUUAACUUAUUUAUUUUGUACAUGCUGGUGCAGAGGAUGGGCGGUGCUGAUAAUGUUACGAAGAUUCGCCAAUGGGGAAGCUUGGCACAGAAGCUUCACAUAUUUGCCCCAAACGGUGAUAGUGAGCUGUCAAACUGCUAUUAUAAUACCCUUCUGUCAUAUGAGAAGUAUUUCUUAACACCGGAGGGCAUAAAAGAGACGCAAACUAAACGACUACUAUUGCAGCAGUAUUUACAAGAAACUUUAAAGAAUGUCCAGCAGCAGCUAAAGUUGAAGCAACCUCAGUUACAACAACAACAGCAACAACAGCAGCCACAGCUACAGCAGCAGCAACAGCAAAUCCAUGGUUUACCAAAUCAAACAGAAAUGCGUCAAGUGCCAUUAGCACAACAACCUCAACCGCAUUCACAGACUCCCCAUAUUGUACAACAAAUGCUUCCGCAGUAUCAGUUUCAAAACAUGGCUGACGCCCAGGCUUUAAAGCAGCAGCUGCAGAUGAAACAAAGGAAGCCUCGCAUGAAGAAGAAGACAAAGAGAGAAUUGGAAGAGGAGAAAAGACAGCAAGACGAGGUGAGGAGAUUACAAGAACUGCAGCAUGAAAAACAACGACAGGAACAGAAGCUUAUGAUGGAAGGUCAUCUUCGCGAACAACAAGAACUUCAACGCCGUAGACGUGAAGAACAGAUACGAAACCUACCCAAAGUAUAUAAGCGUUCAUUUGCAAGGAAUUAUGUUCCCAUAAAGAGACCCAUCGAGCAUCAAAGUGGCUACGACAUCAGAGCACUUGCCCAGGUUGGCGAAAAAAUUGAUGCUACUAAGCCCAUAUUUUUAUUUGCGCCUGAAUUAGGUACAGUUAACCUUCAUGCGCUCACUAUGGCCUUGCAGUCAGAUAACAAUGCCGAAAUAAACGCAGCUUUAAAUUCUUUAUUAGUUACCAGUGCUGACAAUGUAACAAAAAUACCAUUGAAUGAGAUUCCGGAACUGCUGGACAGCCUCUGUAUUUUGGGUUGUGAAAAACUAUACAAGUUAAGCAAGGGCGAUUAUAAUCGAAAAUUGGCCGACCAGGGCAUUAUAAAAGAAUACGAUAUAGAGGAAAUGCUACACAAGCCGGUGCGAUCAAUUAACACGACUUACCAGGCUAUGGACCAAAUUUUACAAGACCGUAAGAAGUCAGGUGAAGAUAAUAAUGAGGCGGACAUUGCUAUUCAAGUAGAUUCUUUGACAGGAAUCGAUAUCGAGCAGCUUCCUCUUUCCGAGGAUAUUCCUCUCGAUGUUGGGCCAGAUGAGGAAGAUUUAACACCUGUGAAGAUAGAACAACCACCUGUGAAACGUUGGCAUUAUCUGCACGAACCGCUACGGGCACAAGGAUUGAAAAAGGAGGAUGAGCUAUCCAUUAUAUCCUAUCUCUCAGCUCUAAGAAUGGUGAGGGAUGAAGUUGACACUUUAUUUAGGCAUUGUCAUAAUCGUGGUGCUGAAGAUCCUCAUCUUUUGUUGAUUGAUCAGUUGUCAAUGAUUUCGAUGAUAUUGAGGAAUUUAUCAUUUAACGAUCUUAAUGCCACCGUAAUGGCUACUAAUGUUCACUUGAACAGAUAUAUUUUUGAACUAUUGUGGAUGUUAUUCACUCAGAUGAAGAAAUUUAAGCUGAGCAGGAAAGUUUUGAACUUCAAAAAGGAUACUAUCAUUACUUUAUCGAAUGUUUUUCAUUUACUAAAACUUGAGAACGUAAUAGAUGGAUGCCUACUACUUUUCCUAGUUCUAAGCUUCGGGGAACCAAUAAAAAAUAGUACUGGUGCAACCUCUUUAUCAUAUGCUGAAUGCGGUAUGAAGGUCGAAAAAUAUCGUUCUUAUGGGGUAGAUGUUAUUGCCAAAGUCAUGUCCCUCGGUUACCCAAACAGGGAAUAUAUUAAGUCUGUCCUACUGGCUACUUUUGAAGAAGAAACACCUGAGACCAAGGUAUGCCUACAGAUACUACGCCGUUAUAACGGUUCACAAAAAUUCAAACUUUUCAACGAUAUCUUUUCUUUUGUAUCAUUAACUAUACCAUUUAGGCAACUGAAUCAAAUGCCAAGCUUAAUUGAGGAAUCGAUGGCGGUCAUAUUCCAGGCCAUUACUGCUUCUUUGACCUUGGUAAAAUUUAUAGAUGUUGCCCCAGACUCGCCUUUCGUGGAAUAUAACCUGCCAUUCCUAUGGUUGACUUCAGAGGAGUCAUUGUGCUCCAAUAUUAUAAGGUUAGGAGAAGCUUUAUCGUCAUUAGGUAAUCAGGAUUCCAACUUGAAACACCUCCGGCCAACAUUUAAUUUGGUGAGCCCAAAGUGCCUGGAACUAUCACGGUUAUUGACAGAAAAGGCCUUCCAGCUGUUCAAACUGCAACCUAACCUACAGAAACAAAAUUCUCUCAAGUCUUCCCUGUUAGGUAUAUGCAACCUUUUCCCGUCCGAUGUUGCUACAAUUACGGUAAUAAUGAACCCACUUACCGACUACGAUAUGGCAAGGGAGAUGGAAAAAUUGUAUCUCUUAAGAAAGGAGAUUUCGUACAAACUAAUUUAA